AUGUUUAAGACACACACCCCGGAUACGGAUGAGGAAGUAGACCUUUGCCUGUGCGGGACACAAAGGUCACCUGCGGCACGCGCCGCCCGCUUCUCCUCCUUCUCCUUGGCAAGAUAUUCCUUCACAUACUGUUCAGCGCGCUUGAAAAUGACUCCGACUAUCGAGAAAUGCAUCAUUGCUUGUCCGUCAAGCCCGGUUAAGAAUUGGGCCAAUGAGCUAGUGAAACGGCUUGGGAAGGACGCUAUUGCCGCGCUUGCCAUUGAUGGGAAGGGCGGUAAGGCGGAAAUGUUCGAGAAAGUGGUGAGGUGGGUUGCUGCUGGCGGUAGGAACGUAACCCGACCAGUCAUGAUUGUUUCCUACGAAACAUUGCGUACACUGUCCGCUCAUCUUGCCAAUUGCACCAUCGGCUUGCUGCUGUGCGCCGAAGGCCACCGGCUCAAGAACUCAGAACCUCUGACAUUCCAGACGCUGAAUGGCCUUAACGUCAAACGCAGGGUGAUCUUGUCUGGGACGCCCAUACAGAAUGACCUAUCUGAGUAUUUUUCUUUGUUGAACUUUGCCAACCCCGACUUCCUGGGCUCGAAGAAUGAUUUCCGAAAGAACUUCGAGAAUCUCAUCAUCAGAGGCCGUGAUGCUGACGCUAGCGACGCCGUCAAAGCCGAGAGUGAGAAGAAACUGAAGGAGCUGGGUGGCCUGGUAGUGAAGUUUAUCAUCCGACGAACGAACGAUCUCCUGUCCAAGUACCCGCCCGUCAAAUAUGAACACGUCGUGUUCUGUGGUCUAUUCGACUUCUAG